CCAACAUGUCGGCUUAAAGGAAAACAAGAAGAAUGUGUCUAAAAAGACGUGAUUUUUCCGUGAUUUUGAACUCCUAAUAACAUAAAAUAUAGCAUUUUAGGCAGAUAUUUUAUUCCUCUAUACAAUGGAGUCUGGUUCAAAGGUAAAGCUUCCAAACAUAAGAGAAGCUGAAGGAGGAGGAAGAGGAGACGGCCGAGAAAAGUUCCAGGCCAAAAACUGGAAAAAUUUCAGUAAAAAAGAGCUGCAAAAGCUCUCACAACUAGAAAGGAGCAAGUACUUAGCUUAUGAAUCAGCUCCCAAAGACUGUGUUGAAGCUAUGUCUGCAGCCAGGAAAAGAUUAAAGGAACUAAAGAAAGAAAAGAAAAUGAGAGAACAACCCAAACCAAUGGAGGAAGUCGUUGAAGAAGAUAAACACACCAAACUCAUUGGCCAACUUAAAGCUGCAGAAGCAAGAAACAGACUACGAUUGAUGAGGUUAAGAUACAACAAUAAUAGGGCAUCAGAAGUAAAUCAUCUCAUCUCCUGCCAACCGACAGCAUUAAAAGCUGUCCGUCUACAGAGUUUAGUGCCACCUUACACAGAAAAAAUCCACAUCAGGGAUCUUUUGGGAAAAAAUGAGCGUGGUCGUAUCAAUGCUCUCUUAGAGGAUGAAACUGGCCUGGAGACAUCAAGAAUUCUCUCCUGAUUUGAACUGAGCUGUCUCAUUGACAGUAUUUAGUGUCAGGACAAGAGAGAUGGUGAAGGUGUUUUCCUGUCUUCAGAUAUAUUAACGCCUUGGACUGUAAACCAGAAAAGAGAGGUCAACCUAAAAUAAUGAAAGGCCAUUCUUUGGGACCCCCUGUCCCAUUCUUCUUCCAAUGUCCUUUUAUUGGUUAACAAAAAGGCUAACAGGAGAAUUUUUGUUUUUGUUUGUGAAGUCCUAGGUUCCAGAAAUCAUCAAUACCCCCCCUCCCCCAAAGAGUAAUUUGGAAUUUAUGGGAGAAAAUUGGAAU